AUGCCCGAUCCAGUCGUCUUAGAGCAAAAGCUCAGAGAACAUGGAUUAGACGGCGAGGACCUGCUGACCUACGAGGAUGUGUUCGGCCCAGGGUUCAUCGAAGCACUAUUCAAGGACCUUGGGGUUACCAAAAUCCCCCACAAAGCCUCGAUGAAGAAGGCCAUCAAGAUCUUUCAGGCCAACAGCCAAUCAUAUCGCCAAUGGAGAGAUGAGAAUCUCCAAAACGGUGAUGCCAACACAGCGGGACCAGGUUCUCAAGGAUUGACAGGCGCUCACAACUUGAACGAAGUCUCAGGACUGACCCCUCCCGGCGCACAGAUUCUUCAUACUUCGAACACCACACAGCAGCCAAGUGCUCAGCCUCCGCCAGUCGAGAAUGGGGUUGUCGACAAGGAUGGAGCUCCCCCAGACGAAGAGCCCGUCAAGAAGAAGAUAAAGAGAAUCGUUCCUACCCUGGUUCCACGGCCUUCACUACGACGAGGCGCCUACCUAGGUCCUCAAAGACUGGAGCGGGCUCUUGGUGCGCAGACAAUUGAACCCGGCGGUACUGAGGAUGACUCUGUGAGCUUGGUACAAGUUGGUCCCAAGUCUCCGGGCAUCAGCAUCAUUGCGGCCAGGCAGCUGCGCAGAUAUCUUCGACCUCGGAACGUCAACCUGGGCCGCGGCCGGGCGGGAGGUGCUCCAUCGACGACUGGAGCCGGCACUGCCAAUCUCGAGUCCGAUGUGGUUCUGCCCGCCUUUGGAGACUCCGAUGAUGACUAUGACACAGAGACUUGGGCAGAGAUCGAGGCCGAAGAGGCAGACCGCAAGAAGCUUGAGGCGAAGCAGCUGAAGGAUGGGAAGAAGCGCCCCAUCGAGAAAGGCAAAGUCGAUCUAGCCAUCAAGAGGGCCAUUGAACAUCUGGAAAAUUCUUGGAAGUCUGAUAAGCUCCCCAAACUGCGCGAGAGGGCCAAUCGAUUAUGGCACACUGGACGGAAGAAAGCUGUCCGUCAGCAGAUCAUCCUUGGGGCACGCAAGUCCUCCAGGGAGCUUCAAGCCCGGAUGAACAAGUGCUGUGACACAAUUCGAGAGCUCGAUUGGGCCACGGAAGAGGAGGUGUACAAGGUUGCAACUGGCUCACUUGAGCAGACUGUGCAUGACAAGAUGGAUUGUUCGUGGACUGUCAGCGUUCUCAACAGCCCUUCUGAACCAAAGAGAUUCAGACGCCCUAAAGCCAGACUGAUAUCGAAGGGGAAGAAGCCCUCCCUAGAACUUGGAGAUGAUGAAGAGGAGCUUUACAGCAGCGACUCUUCUAGCGACUUCAUCGUCCCCGAUGAUGAUGGCGAGACUGGCUGGGUCAGCGAUACGAUGGAUGUGGAUGACGGCUCUGCACAACAUGAUCAUCUCGAACUGGAUGCUGCCGAUUCUGCCGAGUCCAGUGACGGGAACUAUGAUUGUUAUGAUCUCACGCAGAUCCCUGACUCGAGUGAUGAAGAGGAUCAUCAACUUCCGGGAGACUUGCAGAACGAUGCCAAUAAUGAGGUACUAUUCAGAACGCCAGGGAAGACAUUGCCUAUCCCAGAAGCCAGUUCCGCGGCUACGUCGCAAGACGCAGAAAAGAUCGACAACGAUUUUCCCUUCAGCAAGCCGCAGGAGAUAGCAACUAUGGGUACCAAAUAUUGGCGACGUCUGGGGGACAACCGUCGCCUUGUGAUCACGAUAUUAUGCGGAAUGGAUGACAAGCUACUUGGUCGCCUUUUCGAUUAUCUUCACAAUAUGAGAGACCCUGACGAUCUCUGGCGCAAGUUUUGCAGAAGAGCAAUUGAGCGGCCCUCAGUGUCGUUGGAGACGGUGCCAGGGACCCCAAAUGCCCUCCUGGAAGAGCUUGCCUUCAACUUCAAUAGGCUUCUUCUCGCCUUCAGUGAUUGCGCCUGCCCUUCCUCUGGAGAAUGGCGCCCGGUGAGCAAUUAUCUUAUCGAUCGAUUAAAGGACAAUCGCCAAAGAAUCGCGAACUUCCGCGAUUUCAUUGACAGCAUUGUCGAGUUCUUCCCCAAGUCACAACCUACAGAUUUUUUGACUCCCCGGAAGUCCAGCGCGAAGCCGAGUGAACAAAGCAGCUCCCCUGAAUGUGACAGCAGUUCGGAAGUUGAUGGUUCGUCACCGUCUAAGCAGCGGCGACGACGACAGGUGCGACCAGAUAAAGCCGCGAUGAAGCUGCGAAAAGAUGAUCUACUCCGCGUCAAAGAACAAGAGGAGAGACGAAAUGCUCUUCGUGAGAGACUUGCUCGCUCGGACUAUACCACUAUAUCGCGCGAUGCUUCCCGGUUGAUUAUCAAUGAAAGCAAGCUGGAUGACCAGGGAGAGAUUUUUGUGAAUCGCGCCAUCGCAGAGCGCAUCAAGGAUCAUCAGAUUAAUGGGGUGCGAUUCAUGUGGAACCAAAUCAUUGGCUCAGACAGCGGCCAGGGCUGCUUGCUUGCUCAUACCAUGGGCUUGGGGAAGACAAUGCAAGUCAUCACCCUGCUGGUUGCUAUUGCUGAAGCGGCGAUAUCCGAUGAUUCACGGAUCAGGGAUCAGAUUCCCUGUAAACUCCGAGAUUCCAAAACACUUGUGCUUUGCCCAGCGGGCCUCGUCAACAAUUGGCAUGACGAGCUCCUCCUAUGGACGCCACAGGGCUUACUUGGACCGUUCCGUUCAAUGGACGCUCAAGUCCCGCAAGGCGUGAGAGCCGCCCUCGUUGAGGACUGGGCCUAUGGUGGUGGCGGUGUGCUCAUCAUUGGGUACGACCUGUUCAGGAAUCUCAUGCAAAUCGAAAAAAUCGCAUCUCUCCUGAAUGGAUCACCCAACAUUGUCGUCGCUGAUGAGGCUCACGCCUUCAAGAACCCGAAAUCCGGGCUUGCCCAAGUCAUAGGGAAUUUCGAGACAAAGAUCCGCAUCGCACUGACAGGCUCUCCUCUGGCUAACUCUGUCGAAGAGUACCAUUCGAUGAUCGACUGGUUGGCACCGAAUUACUUGGGUCAACAUGACGAGUUUGCAAGCGUAUAUGCCAACCCCAUAAAGGAGGGCCUCUACGCCGAUAGCGACCGCUGGCAGAGGCGCAAAGCACUUCAGAUGCUCAAAGUACUGAAAGACACUGUCGCGCCGAAGGUUCAUCGGGUCACAAUGGCAGCGCUCAAAUCUGAACUGCCCGUCAAGCAGGAGUUUAUCCUGUUCCUGUCCAUAACUGACUUCCAGAGAAAGGCAUACACGGCCUUCCUGGACCUUGUUGCCCCUUCUGGAGACGGAUUAGCGAAUGGGGAAAUUUCACAGGUGGGACUGUUCAACCUGGUUUUCAACCUCACCUUGCUUUUAGCACACCCGAUGGUGUUUCAAGCGAAGUUGAAGAACUCGAAGAAGACUCUUCAGGCUGCAAAGCUACCCACAAACCAACAGCUCGCGAAAGACGGGAAGGAGAAGGAGCCGCAUCUGACUCUGGACAUGGUUGGCAAGCUAUUACAAGUGCUACACGCUCGCGACAUUGAUGAUAUUAAACACUCUGCAAAGGUUAUGACCCUCUUGAAGAUCCUGGACGAGGCCAAACGUGUCGGGGACAAAACGUUGGUGUUCACACAGAGCAGAGAUACUCUGGACUAUCUGCAGGAGAUGUUCAGAAGGCAGAGACGAAACUUCUCCAGGCUCGAUGGGGACACGCAUGUUCAUCUGCGACAGAACCUGAUCAAGAACUUCAACGCGGGAGAUGACGAUGUAUACCUGAUCUCGACCACUUCAGGUGGGAUAGGUCUCAAUAUCACUGGAGCCAACCGAGUCGUGAUCUUCGACUUCAAAUGGAAUCCUACCCAAGAGCAGCAGGCUAUCGGUCGAGCCUUCCGUAUAGGCCAGACAAAACCCGUGUUUGUCUACUGGUUGAUCGUCGGAGGAACACAUGAAGCCGUGCUCCACAACCAGCAGGUGUUCAAGACGCAACUGGCGGCUCGAGUCGUAGAUAAGAAAAACCCUGCUGCUUGGAGUCAGACCGUGCGUGACUACACUGCUGAGCCAAAGAUGGUUGACAUGGACGAGGAGUCGCUGGUCAAUGCACGGGGCAAAGAUCGUGUUCUGGACUUCAUCCUGGAGCAAGAUCCCCAGCACAAUCUUCGGAAGAUUAUCUCCACCGAUACCUUUGAAGAGGAAGAUCCAGAAGACAAUCUCACCCCGGAAGAACUACAAGGUGCCACAGAGAUGAUCCGGCUUAAUCAACUCCGCAUCAUGGACCCCAAGGCCUUUGAGUUGCAACGUCGGAAAGGGGUUCGGGACCUUGAUCUGCAACGAUAUCAGGAACAGCAGCUGCUGUUCCAGCAGUCGAUGAGCAAUGUGUCCCCGCCAACUCAAUUACCUCUCUCUGGGGUGGCUGGGCCCUCUAGUACUAACACCCCGCAUGCACACUCUCUCAUGCGCCAGCCUAAUGGGCAAGCAUCGAUGAGCAGUCCUGGGAUGGGUCAGCACCCAGUCCAGAUCCAAAACAUGGCCGCUCGCCACCACAACCAGCUGGUCUCUACGAUUCAGACUCAGUCAACGGGACAGGCACAUGAUGGGGGUCUUGGUGGGACGCACCCCCAGAUCAGCACUCCUCUGCCUCUCACAGCAAACGGCCAGCCUGUUAACAUCAGGAACGCCCAAACUUCGCCAAAACUACCCUCGUCAGUCUUACCGGAGCAACAUGAAGUGCAAGCGACUGAGACUAGUUCGUCGCGUGUAACUGGCCCACUCCCUGGACUGGUUGGAUCAGCCGACAACUUCCGGAAGCAACUGAGAAUUCAGAUCCAUACUCUUCUACCAGAGCUCGCCGAACUCAACAUCAACGUGGAGACCCUCGAACACGACAUUGUAGCAGCUUUGAGUACUGCUAUCGGCAAAGACAUCCCCGCGAUGUCAAGAUGGGCCCUGCUUACCACUCAAAUUACACAGAGCCGUAGAUUUGCGAAAGCGAUUCUCUUUAGGUACUUCGUACCAGACUAUUUCGCCAUGUUGUCAGAUUCGACCAUCAAGGAGCGGAUCCAGGCGCUGGAGGCUCUCCCACUGCAAGAAUUCGAAGAAACUAUCCGCUCGCAUAGGAAAAAGCCCAAGCUUGACGACUCAUCAAUGAUCUCAACAAAAGACUCGGCUGACGAUAUUUCUUCACAACAGCAAAUCCAGGACAGGGGUCCUCAAACCAACAACCAAGCGCGAGGCGAGAAACAGUGCAAGUCGGAAAAGGAGUCCCCCAUGUCACAAGCAGGCGGGAAACGGAAACAAAAGUCGCCCGCCGCAUGGAAGCGGAAAUCAAUACUUCCUCCUCCUGGACGGCUAGACAGUGGAGGCAGCGCGCAAGAGGCUCGUAAGCAGGGCGAUGCGGCUGACGUCCCUAUCGUCAUUGAUGAUUGA